CCAGCGGCUGUCCCCGCCCUGCCUCUUCCUGCCUUCCUGCCUGUCACAGGACAACAACCUUUCAUACAGAGUAGCAUUUAGGUUUCAACAGACGGGCUCGUUAGACAGCGGUCCAGUGUCAGUUACACGCAGUGAGAUGCCAAGAAAGUCGCGCUUCACCGACAGAGCUCGUCGUGGCUUUUGCACUAAUUUCUGAGGAGCGUCACUGUGGUACUUGUGUCCAUCAACGUUAGGCGGCUGGCGAGGUAAGAAGAAAUGUAGAGGUGCCGAGGUGAUUAAAGCUGCUGCAGCCAGGUUAUGUGACCUGUCUUUACUAACUGACACACAUUAGCUACCACUGGCUAUCUUCGUUAUCCAGACAUUGAUAUACAGAUGUUUGUUUUAUUGUGACAUUAAUGGAGUGGUGUCCUGACUUAUAUUUGACGGUGUUGGCGAUGAUAGAAGGCUGCUAACGGUAGAUACAGAGCAAUAGCUCUAGCUUACGGCCCAAUUAAGCUUGGUCUCAUUGGUAGCUAAUUAGGUAGAUUAAUGUUAACCGAGUUAAUUACUGUCAACAUUAGUCUCCAUCACAGCUGAGUUAGCCAAUUACCGUUAUUAAAUAUAGCUAAUAAUUAAGAAACAAUACACCAGCAACCCCUGACCGAUUUGUCGUGAUGUUUUUAUGCAUAUUUUUAGUGACAUGCUUUUCAACAAACCUCUUUCAGUCAGACGUCUUGCAUGUAUUUAUUUUGUCUUGUCGCGAAGGGCUCAUUAUUGGUUUUUUCCCCAAUCAUUGCGUCCGCAAACGUCAUGUCAUUGUCUUGUUAAAGAUAACGUUACCUUUCUCUAAACCUGAAUGACAGCUGUCGGAUGUCUAUAGACAAAUAUUAAUUCCUGCAUGGAAAAUGUUUGCAGAUUUUGUCAGUUUAGAGCAAAAGACCAAUUUCUUACUGAGCUAUACUUAAUCCACGCAGGUGUUUACGAGCUUUCUUAAUGAUAACACGAUAAGGAAGCUGAAGAUUUUAGAUGAGUGCAUUCGUUUGCAGUGGCACACAUGAUGUACAGCAGCUAAGGUUAUCCUGCAGACUUUCUCUGGCGACACUGACAGCUUCCCUCCAUCAUAUACAGGCACACACUGACCCCUCAUCUCCGAAUGCUAAUCAGUCAUCUCCAUGACAGAAUAAACUUUACAUUGGCUGCAAAUGAUUUUCAUAAGGCUCAACAUUAGCUGAACAUUGUGACCAGACUGGGUGCUGCCUUGACCUGAUUGCACAUCCAUCUUAGCAAACUGGAGGUUGCAGCCACUGCGAGAAUGAAAUCUGGGACAGCCCAGGUCAACCUAAAAAAGGUGUGAAAAGUCAGUGUCAUGACUGGAGCUGAGACUGAGGAUGAUAUUCCAUUAGGCGAAAGGAAGACUGUCACAGAUUUCUGCUAUCUCCUGGACAAGUCCAAACAACUCUUCAAUGGGCUACGAGACCUUCCUCAGUAUGGACACAAGCAGUGGCAGUCCUACUUUGGACGGACAUUUGAUGUCUACACUAAGCUGUGGAAAUUCCAGCAGCAGCACAGGCAGGUUCUGGACAGUCGGUAUGGCUUGAAGAGAUGGCAGAUUGGGGAAGUUGCAUCUAAAAUUGGACAGCUUUACUACCAUUACUACCUUCGUACCUCAGAAACAAGUUACCUGAAUGAGGCCUUUUCAUUCUACUCGGCCAUCCGUCAGCGCUCCUACUACUUUCAGGUCAACAAAGAGGACAGGCCAGAAUUAGUAGUGAAGAAACUUCGAUAUUAUGCUCGCUACAUAGUCGUCUGUUUACUGCUGAACAAGAUGGACCUAGUCAAAGUUUUGGUGAAGGAGUUAUCUGAGGAAAUCGAAGAUUACACACAGCGAUUCAACACAGAGGACCAAUUGGAAUGGAACCUGGUUCUGCAGGAAGUGGCAGCUUUUGUAGAGGCAGAUCCAGUGGUAGUUCUGAAUGACAACAAUUCUGUCGUCGUCACCAGCAAUCGGCUACAGGAGGGAAGUGUACCUCCACUGGAACAAGGCAUGGUGGUUGGGCAGCUUGUCCUUGCAGAUGCACUAAUCAUCGGCAACUGUAACAACCAGGUGAAGUUCAGUGAGUUAACCAUCGAUAUGUUCCGUAUGCUUCAAGCUUUGGAGAGGGAACCUGUAAACCUGGCCACACAGACCUCGAAACAAGGAACGCUGGAACCCAAUGAGAAGCCAGCUAAAAGAGAAAACCCUCACAAGUAUUUGCUGUACAAGCCAACAUUCAGCCAGCUUUUUACUUUCUUGUCUGCCUCAUUUAAGGAAUUGCCUGCCAACAGCGUUCUGCUGGUCUACCUGUCAGCUACUGGAGUCUUCCCUACUGGGAAUUCAGAUUAUGAAGGACCAUAUGAUUUUGGAGGAGUUCUCACAAAUACAAAUCGAGAUGUGGUGAACGGAGAGACGGUGCAGAAGAGGAAUCAGGCCCAGAAAGAAAUGCACUGCCUUCAUCCAGGGGACUUAUUCCCUUUCACCCGGAAGCCACUUUUUGUCAUUGUGGAUUCUUCGAACAGCACAGCCUACAAGAAUUUCACAAACCUGUUUGGCCAGCCUCUGGUGUGCUUACUAUCACCCACAGUAUAUCCCAAGACUGUACAAGAUCAGUCUCAGCGUGGGAGUCUCUUCACUCUGUUCCUCUACAGCCCACUCUUGGCUUUCUCCUCUGUGUGCGGCUUAAACAGCGUGCGACGGGGACUGUGGGAGAGGGCUCAAGAAUUUCUUCACAAAGUCUACCGUGAUAUUGGGCAGAUGAUAACUCGAUCACGGACCAUAGAUCAAGCCUUUUUACAAUUCUUUGGUGACGAGUUCCUUCGGCUGCUGCUGAUCCGCUUUGUGUUCUGCUCAGCUGCACUGAGACUGCAUAAACUCUUCCGGGAGACCCGGAGUUUCCCGGAGUCGUACCCUGAGCUCCCCAAACAGGACACAGUGGAGAGCAGCCUUCUACAGAAGCAUAUUUUGGAGCUGGCGACCAUGCUGGACGUGCAGAGCCUAUUUUGGGAUGAUUCACUGGAAGCCUACUAACAUCUUCGCACAGGGCAAAAUGGCAUACAUGUACAUACAGACUCAACUGCCAGAGCCCUCACAGUUGUCUGUCUUUUUUCUUUUUUCUUUUUUUUUUUCUACACAGGUAAUGAAAUAACUGAUUCAGCACAUACAAGUUCAUGUCCUGCAUUUAACUGUUACUUGUGGAUGCAAAUGUAGCACAACAUGAAAAUGUUCACACCGAUAAGCCAGAGAGUUUAAUACAGUGUAAAUUCCCCAUUUUGAGUCUCAGCGGCUUGCCUCGUAAAUACAAGCAUAAUAUAAGACAUAAGAGUAAACGAACAAGUGAGAGGCUGCAAAUAACUUUUCAACUCGCCAUUCCCCAUCCAAAUGUUGGUUAAAAACUGCAGCCUCUAACAUUAUUCCUCAUGUCAGAUAAUUGUAAAGAAGUUGUCAGUCUUGGUUUAGUGUUCUUUUUAAAAAAUAUUUAUCAUUGCUUAUUAGAGCGAAGGUUGUGUAAGCCUAAAUGAUCCUGGGCUUCCAGAUGUGACUUUAUCUAUCUGUAUGAAGACAGGGUGGUACUGAGCGAGAACACAGUGCUAAACAAAACCUUUCACUGCAUUAGUAAAUAUAAAAAACAAGUAGAAUGUUAGCAGAUUAUUCGCACACUAGGUUAGAAUUUAAAAGAUUUCACCAAAAAUGUUAUUACUGGUCUGGAUUUUUGUAUUUGCCAAACAGUGCUUGCUGCAUAACAGUUUAACUUGUAGCAGGCUGAGGUGCAUAAGGUCAUGUUCUGUUGCGUGUUGUAGGCCCUCAUUAGUUGUAAAGAUAUCACACUCCAUGUCAUUAACCAGCAAUCCGUCUAAUGCCUUUAACUGUCCAUUGUUUCAGCCUUGUGCGUUUUGAAAGUGACCGUUAUUCCUUUCCCAUGUCACUGUGCUGUAUUUGCAUGCAAAAAGGCAAAGAAAUGUAUCGGUUUUGUUCUUAUAUCCACAAAGAAUGGCCUCCACCUUUUAAAGGAUAUAAGAGUUUGUAGAUUUUAAAAUGGCAUGGGGUUGGGAUAAUGUAAAUUGAGCCAGUGCAUGUGUUGCAUGGACCUGUACAUUUGUAGUUGACUCAACAAAUGAAGACAAUCUCGCUUGAUAACAGAGGAGAUGACCUUGAAAAGGUAACGAGGGAUGCCCUCUAAUAUUUUUUCACUGACAGCAUGCACCCUUUCAUUUAUUGCUUAACUGCCACUGACACCUCUGUAAACUUAAUGAUGACAGCAUUAUCAUGUGGCCUGCCAGUUGUAUAGCUUGAAUGGAAUCUCAUUGGUUGGCUGCUUUGUAAACUACAGGCAACAUCAGUCAUAUUUCACCUUCUUGAACUGCAGUCAUGUUACUUUCCUGACAUGUCUGCUACAUGGAUUUUACUUUUCUGCCAUUGAUCCACUACUUCAAGCUUACAGAUGCUGCCAUCUGUUACUGGAACCACAAAAAGAUCCAAAUGUGGUGAAGAGAGAGGAAGCCUCAGUGGCACUGAGGAGGGAUGAACAAGCAGCAACCAACAUGGCUGACUUUAACUACUGAGAACAGUUGAGACCAUGACCAAGGUAGUUGGUUGGGGGAAACAGCACAGUGGAAAUAAUAUUAUUUCUGCUUAGUCAUUCAGCGAAUAUCAGAUAAGAGAAAAAAGAAAAUAUUGACGCAAUUAUCUGCAAUUUGACACAUAGACUAUAUGAUUUGACAUAUACUGUAUAUUCAAAGACUUUGGGGGGGGGUUAUUUCAAAACUCAAUCAGUUUUUGUAGCUCGGUAAUCUCCCACUUUAUAUUAAAGUAAAUACUGCAAAUUUAGAUUUUCAUGUCAGUUAUUAGUGCUGUUAUGGUUACUGAAAAUGAAACAGUCACUUCUACACUAGCUUCUACACGGCUGCCGCUUUUCUUGAAAAAGACCUAAAUCUUGUCUGCUUCACCCAAAAGAAAUUGACGGGGCAUAGAUUCACAUAAAAAGACUAUAUCCACAAUGCAAAUGAAUUUAGAGAAUAUAGCUAAUAUAGCCACACAUGGCAAUAGCUGUAUUUUCAAACACAGUGCAUAGGAAGCAGCAGAAGUCUGCUCCAUCGCCAAUAAAAGCUCAGACUGAGCAGUAGUACUCGUUUUCCAAACUGCUCAGAAAGAUCCGUCAUCACUAGUACAUAUAACCUGUAAGCACACUGACAGAACUAGAGAGAGGGGGAAGCAAUAAUAGCCAAGUGUAGGAUUUUCAUGCACUGCAAUGCAUUCCUUGCAUUUCAGUUUACACGUUUGAAAAAGGGGUUAAUGUGCACUUCAGCACUCAGUCAUGGUGGUUACUGCUUGAGAUAUUUAAAAAAUGAUGGUAGUUUGUAGGUGGUGUACGUUCAGUGGGAUUACUGAGGAAUGAAGUGGAUCACAGGAAGUAUCAUAAUGUCUAAACUCAUCCUGUUAAUGGCCUUAAACCAGGUAGCCACCUGUUCUCGUGACUGAAGCACAGUUAUGCUAAGGCAUUGUAUUCAGUCAGUGGUCAAAGGCACUUCCCAUGAUGCCCUGGGUUCUAAUAUGGCCCAGGACCUUUCUCAUAAAUCAUCAUAAAUUAUUAUUAUUAUUUUUAUUAUUAUUAUUGUAGUUUUCAUUUUUCAGAAACAUAGUUUAAGUACUUUCUCGGUCCCUUCAUGUAUUGUUUCUGUUUGAGUUUUGUUCUGCAGUAGAAAGUAGCAUUUCAGUAGACCUCCGUCGUCUGUUGUCACACUGCUGCCAGAAUUAAAUCCCCCAUGCAGCCUCACAGUACAGACAUUUCUUUCCACACUGAUCACAGCGGAUAGCAGCAUUAAGGGAGCCCAGAGACCAGGGUGCUGGAGGAACGGUGUUUGUUGACUUCAGUGGUCAUGGGAACACCAGAAGAAUUUCCACUAUCAACAGACAGUUUCUAGAUUCUAGGCUCAAUCAGUGGUGUGCAAAUAACAUUUAAACAAUUGAAUGAGAUUAUAUUUUAGUUUCCGGAAUCUAACAAACUACAGCUUUUGUAGUUAGCUUGUGCUUCACAGAACACUUUAAAGCGCUCAGGUUGUUUAGGACAAGAAGAGAAGGCUUUAAGCAGUUACAUGCUGCUGCAUUGUUCCAGAGGAUAUGCAAGUUUCUGACUAGUUGUCGUUAAUAGGUACCAUUGUAACCUUUAUUUUUGUCCCACUAGCAGGGGGGCUCAAAGAUCGCAGUGUCUGUCAGAAGGUCUCCAUCCAAUACUUUGACCCUGAGAAGGAUAUGUCGAGUAACUGGCUGAAUUGCCAGGAAAUUGCUGAUUUUCUGAAAAGUAGAUUCCCAAAGAUUUUGAUAUCCCCCUAAACACUUGGUUCAAGACAAGGCCAAAAUGUUAGUUUACCUUGCCCACAAGAUAUCUCAUAUCUCAUAAUCUAACAGGCAGAUUGCCAUGAGGUUUCCUCUAGCGUAAAUGAUAAGGCUGUCAUUGUUUAGUGUUAUUUAUCAUUAUUAUUAUUAAGACCAAAGACCAAAAUCAACAAUGCGUUAGUCCAUAUCUCAAUGCUUCUCCCUACCUGUCUGUCAAGCCCAUUGGAUCCAACUGAAUUCUAAUUUUUAAAAAAUGUAUACUUGAGGCAUUUUUUAAAAAGGUUCAGUAGUUUCCUCAAACAGCUGGUUACUGUAGUUUUUAUCAAACACACAGGAGGAAAUAGUGCAUUUGUUGGGGACUGUUUUCAGCGGCGGAUGAAUCUGCAUGUGGCGCUGUAGUGAGUGUUUGGGGCAGCAGGACGGUGUGUGUGGGGCUGAGUCAGAAUAAACUACAGUGUGUGUGUUCAUGGUGAUGAAGGAACAUGUCACCCAGUACAACAGAGCAGCUCGCUGAUGUGUUUUCUAUCGCUCAGAGGAAGAAGAUCCGUCAGGCUGUGUUCACACACAAGACUUUUAGUUAGGAGGAGACAUUCAUUGUUGGUUUGGGACUUUUAAUGGGAUAUGUGGAUAAUUAGAAAAAUCUAUAAUACCACCCAUAACCUUGAAAUUUACAUUUUUAGUCACACUUCUGAUAAGGGUCUUAGAAUAGCUAAAAGUAGAUUGUCACUACUGUAUGUAAUAUCUUUUUGUCCACCACUACUCAGGCUACUAGCUAGGCUUCAGGCCUUUAAGUUUUCUUUAGACAGUUUCACGUUUUGAAUUUUGCUCCACAUCUUAACAGACCUGAAACAGAGCUGAUGGCAGGUAGAAGUCUGAAUGUUUAUCAGGUGGCACCGGCAGGGGGAGAGACUGCACAGGCCAUUGUAGUGAUGCUGAUACUGACAAACAGUUAACUGCCCUUGACCAAAAUGUUAAAAUAACGCGUCAAUGCGGGAAGUAGCCAAGCCAGCUGGUUGGAAUUACGAUUUCUGAAUUGACAAAAGUGAUAAGAACAACACUAUUUUUAGCAUUUAUUAUAUUUAUUGACAUUGUUAGAGUAUGUGUACAGAUAAUGUAAAGCAAUGUUUUGGCACAGAUGUGUUUGUUCAGCAUUUAGUAAGUCUAUAAAAUGUGUAAUGAAAUAUGAAGUUGAAAUUAAGGAGAAGCAAAAUGUUAAUGAGGCCAGUUUGUUCUUUGGCCUUUUUUCUAAAGCUGUUACAUUCCAACUUUCAAGGACUUAAAGAGAGGCAGAGGAACACUGCCGCUGUUUUCUCCAUUGUACAUUUUUCUGAGAAAGUGAGCCGUUUAUACUUUUUUUUUCUAUUUUCAUUGUAAUAUCAGCCUCCACGUUCCCUUGUGUUGACCGUUUUGACAAUUAAGAUAUUGUAGGCUUGCACUUUAUGAAGUGUAAAAUUGUUCUGAUCUUGUGUGUUGUGCUUUAGGGAAAAAAGAGAAAAAUCCUUCCAUGUGAUUGUUCUUCAUGCCAGCCCGUCACACUGGUGACCUUCUUUUUUACAAAGAAUAAAAGUUGUGUGAGUCAGUGAUUUCAAACAUUUUCCUAUCGGAACUUUUCAUCUGCUGUCACUUUUUUAACAGCUUCUGCCUGAAUGUGUCGAACACGUUGGCUGAUUUCCGAAAAGUGUUGAAUAGGCAGCAAUAACAUGUGCAUUUGCAUGUGUGAAAGACUUUGAAAUCCUUGUUUUAUAGCCAGUGGUGCUCUAAAACUAUGCUGUCGGUGGAGAUUGCAACGCCAAUCAUGAGUUUUUUUACUUUGCAAAGGAAUAUCAACAAAAACAAAAACAAUUCACAUGUAUGGACAUAAAUCAGGAUAGAAGAAGUGAAGAAAUGUAUUCAUUUAAAUAGUCAAAUAUUGCAUGUUGACAAGUUUGUACGUUCAUGUUUAUAUGUUUAUAACAUGUUAUUGUACGGUGUGUUCCCUGAACUCAAAAUCCAUGAAAAUAGAAAAUAUUGUGGCCUAAUGGCACGAAAUAAGAAUUAUUUAAUGGAAAAUAACCCCAAACAGUGCAGUGACUGAUCAUAACAAUAACUAUAAAAAGAAACAAAUAAACGAGAUAACUUUAGCUUCUGUUGAGACCGUUUGCUGUAGUGAUGUUUUCUGUGCUUCAUAUUUUAAGAGGACUUUGAACACAACCAGUUAUUUUAUUAUGUAGCACCAGUGGGAUCAUUAGCGCAGAUACAAGUUUAAAUUUGCUUGUAUUCACAGACUAACGCUCCUUGAACCAGGAUUAUGCAUUGUAUGAGUGCGUGCGAAUAUUCGUUAUUUCACGUUUCCAGUUUCACAUAGCUACCCAGCAGCAUGUGGACAUGGUGUAAUAGCAUAAAUUGAUUAUGUAUGAUGAAAUGGAAUGUUCUGCUUUACAUAAUUUGAUAGGUGUCUGAGUAGAUUGUUACAGAGCCCUCGCAGUCCUGGAAGCUGAUACAUUCUUUUUAACACAACAGCUUAGCGAAAAAUCUUGUGUGCACAAGUUAACUUGUGAAGAUUUAAACUGUGUAAACAAUACUACUUGUACGAACAAGAUAACUGGCGUAAACUGUACAACAUGUGCGAACGAGAUAUUAAGAAGGUAUCAACUUGUGUAAACGAGAUACUUUAUUCACCCAAGAUAAUAACUUGUGCGAGCAAGAAAUCAAUUUGUGUAAACAUGAUACUAACAUUUUCUAACCAGAUAACUUCUAUACACAAGAUUAUUUGUGCGAAUGAGAUAUGAGACAAGAUAUUAAUUUGUGCAAACAAGAUAAACUGUAUAAAAAAGGUAGCUCGUGCGAACAAGAUAUUAACUUGUGGGAAUGAGGUAUUAACAAGAGAACUUGUGCAAAGAAGAUUCAUUUUGUUAGCUAUUAAUGAGAUAUUAACAAGAUAAGUUUUGCAAACAAGAUAACUUGCACGUUAUCUUUUCGAUAUUGUGUUUGAAGUGACUCUCAGAUGCUAGAAUUGGUGGCUGAGCUACAACAUCAUGCAGAGUUCAAACUAUUCUCAUAUGGGAUUAUAAAGCCUUAUGCGAGGUGGACACUGUGACAAACCCAAGAUAAAACCCCGGUCAGCAACAUAAGGCUUUCCUCUCGCCUCUGCAGCCAUUGUCUUUAUUUAUAAUAAAAUAGUUUACAAACUGUUGAGUGUUAAGAUAACUCCAGUUAUUCACGUGUUAUUACCAGAUUUUGCUGGAUAAAAGUUUCACUGUGAUUUAAAGCAUAUUUUGAGAAUUUGGGGGAUCAAAAUAUACCUACAUUUGCAGUCCUGGACCCAUAUUGGAGUUUGUUGUCUUUUUCUUAUUCCCAUGCUUAACUGUUCAAACGUAGAUAAACAUAGUGAGUGCAUUCAAGUUGUUUCCAGCAGCUACAAUAAAGUUUCCUAGCAGAAAAUGUCUCAGCUACAUAACACAUAAUCAGUAAACAUCAGAUUGUUGUCGCAGUCCCACACAAUCGGUGGUUUCUUUUCUAAAGCUGCCACUAUGCACGUUUGUCCAAAAUUCAUACUGAGAAAAUGCAUAGAAGAAGCAGAGUAACCAUCACUGACUCGACAGUUACAGAAAACGGGGAGGAUUUGAAGGCCGGUCGUAGGGGUACGAUCUGGUGAGACCAGAUCAGUGCUCGCCCUGCAUAACUAGUAUUAGAAUCUACCAGAGCACAAGAAAUACUUGUUUUUGACAAGGACACACAAGCACAAACGCCACUGCUCCAUAUACUGGACCCACAUCCACGGAGAAGCAUGUCGACGCCUCUUGGGAACACAUCGCAAAUAACUGCCGACUGAUCAAUCCCGUUUUCUCCCCAGAUAUGCAGGGGUCAUUUAAAUGUCCAAAAGAUGGGUGUAGCCUUACUUUAUAGCAACAUGUGUGACUUGCUUGUUGUGAUUUUCAGUCAGUGUCAAACUGUCAAAUGUAUUUUCAAAAUUUCUGUUUUAAAAAAAAAAAAUGCACAGAUGAUUAUCUCUGUAAGCAGCAUGUUUGUUUAGAAUAGAACAUGCCAAAGACUGGUGUACUUUCAGUGACUGAGAUCCAUUAUUGUAUCAGAGGGGUUUUUCUGUGUUGCCAGAUGGGGCCAAUAAAGAAAAAGAAAAUUUGGCUUCAUAAAAGGA